AUGGGACAAUUUGUUACAGGAGUAACGUCUCUCAAGCUCUUACGUGAACACAAGCUGUUUCCUCAGGCCUCACGAAAAGCGCUGUACCGGUUUGUUGAAAAGGGCAUGGAACGCUACCCGGAACCCGCUGCCACCACCAAGCGCACGCGGGAAGACGUUGGAGGUGCCGAUACCAUGAUCGUCCUCGCGUCGUCAGAAACGUGCCAUUUAGUGCCAUCCGGCAGGGUCACCCUGGACAGCUUUCAUCCGUGGCGCACGGAGCAGCGAGUCGGCUUUGAAGGCGAAUAUGCACUAAGCAGGACUGCGCCCAAUGAAGAACACGGCAGAAAUGAGCAGUACAACCUCGUCUAA